UCUCCCUUCUCUCACAAUGCAGAGCAGAGCAGAAGAAGGAAGUUUGCAGUAUUUGCUGAAGAAAGAACUGCAUGGUGGGGGUGCUCUGUAAUAAUAACAUAUUAUUAUUGUUAUUAUUGUUUCCGGAAGAGGAAGGUUCUGGAAGUCAUUUUCCAUGUUUCCUCGUACAAGAACGAUUAUAGGCUAAAUUAAUUUCUCCCCAUCUUCCUCCUCCUCAUCAAAAAGCUAUAUAAAUCUCUGUUCUUCAUUAAGUAUUUAUUUCAAAUUUCAAAUUAAUCCAUCUCUUUAUUUCUCCUCCAUCUCUGUCUCGUCACUUGUCGCUUAUCUCUCCAGUUAUUUUAUAAUAUCAAAAGGCGUCAUCUUUCUUAUUUUAUUUUAUUUAAAUGUCCGAUUUUUGGUUUUUAGCGGUUUAAGCCAUUUAGGGUUCGAUGUGGUUCGAUUGGAAGAGGUAGAGAGGGAUGGGUGAUCGUGAGAUGGAAUUAGAUGGAGGGGGUUCGAGCUCGAAGGGUGAUAAGGUGGUGGAGUCCGCCGGAGGAGAGGAGAAGGGUGCGCCGGCGUUGUCUCCUGUGGAGGAUAUGAUGAUUGAUGUGGAGGAAACAGAUGAAAGAUUGUUUUUUUCCGAUGAAGAUGACACCUUUCCUUCCCUCUCUGAUUUUGCUUGUCUCUCUUCUCCAUCGGCGGCGUCAGCUACUUUCUCAUCCGCCGCCUCAACACUUCCCAAGCCAUCCAAUUCUUCUUCUUCUUCCUCCUCCUCGUUCUCCUCCUCGUCGCCGUGGUCUUUCCUUCUCGCUGAAACUGAGGGCAAGCAGCCGCCUGCGGCGGCGAGUGAGGAUCCCCUGGCUCCUGCCAUGGACGCCGGUUUUGAUAUUCUUGGGGAUGAAAUAGAUCUGUGGGAAUCGUGCAUGGACCCAAUUGAGUCGUCCACAUGGGAUUCAUCUCCGUCCUUCUUUCCCAACGGAAGAGAGUUCCCCGCCGGAGGCGGCAGCAGCAGCAGGGAAGCCGACCCGCAGGCCUCGAAUAAAGAAAAGAUGGGAUCUUUAUUCGCCGGAGAUGAUGGAAAUUUCUCGGAGGAUUUAGCUAACGUUUUUCUAGACUGGCUGAAGCGGAACAAAGACUCCAUCUCGCCGGAAGAUCUCAGGAGCAUUAAGCUGAAGCGCUCCACAAUUGAGUGCGCUGCUCGCCGCCUAGGGGGAGGACAACAGGGCCGAGUUCAGCUCCUCAAGCUCAUACUUUCUUGGGUUCAAAAUCACCAUCUUCAGAAGAAAAGACGGCGCACCCGCGGUUCAGAAGCUGCUGGAAGAGAUCAAGAAUUAACAAAUCAUCCUCUUCCUCCUCCUCCUAUUCCUCCUCCUCCUCCUCAGAUAGCAACUAUUUCAAAUCCUAAUAUCGACUUGUAUUACGAUGCUCUGCCUUCCAACACUUGGGUUCCUUACGCAGGGGAGCCGUCUUACCCUCCGGUGAUGCCCGGAUAUAGAGACGAGGCUGUUCCACCUUACAAUUACUACAAUAAUCAAGCUUUUACAGCUCAGCCAUGGCAGCAAGGUUUCUCAACGCCAUCUACAUCUUCGGUGAUUCAUUACUCCCAAAUGCCGCUACCGGUGCCAAUGCCAGCGCAGGCACCGGCGCUGGCGCCGCCGCCGGUGCAGUACGUACAGAACCUGCCAGUGUAUUAUACGGGGCAUAUGGCAUCGGCAACUAAAGAGGCGAGAAAGAAGAGAAUGGCCCGGCAUAGAAAGUCUUCUUCUUUUCAUCACCAUAGAAGCCAACAAGUACAGAACCAGCAGCAGCAGAGUUUAGAUACAUCGGUUGCAACAGAUCAUGAAAGCUCAUCUGCUCACUCUAAUUUUAAUAAAGAAAACUCUACUUCUCUCUUGUCUUCUUUACCUGCUGAUAUUCCUUCGUCGUCUUCUUCAUCGGCGUCUGCUCCUGCCAUGCUGCGGAUGCAGGAGGAGAAUCAUCCACACAAGCGUACAGCUUCGCCUGCGUCAGAGAGACUUCGGGUGAAGGAGGGAAUCAAGUCGGAAAAUAACUAUAAAUUUUUGCUCCGGAAGGUGUUGAAGCAGAGCGAUGUGGGGAGCCUUGGAAGGAUUGUUCUUCCCAAAAAAGAAGCAGAGAUUCAUCUCCCAGUGCUUGAUACAAGGGACGGAAUCUCAAUUGAAAUGGAGGAUAUUGGGGCCUCUAGGGUUUGGAACAUGCGUUACAGGUUUUGGCCAAACAACAAGAGUAGAAUGUAUCUCUUGGAGAACACAGGGGAUUUUGUGAAAGCAAAUGGACUUCAAGAAGGAGAUUUUAUAGUGAUAUACUCUGAUGCCAAGAGUGGAAAAUAUAUGAUAAGAGGAGUGAAGGUUAGGCAGCCAGCGGAAGCAAUGAAGGGAGCGAGCAAUAGGAGCUCAGGAAAGGCGGCUAACCAUAAGAAGGAAAAGAGCAGCUCAACCAUGGCCGCUGCUGUUGCGGGGAGCCAUUUACAGGAUGUUGACUACAAAGGCAAAUCUCUCUAUACACUGCCAAAUUAAUCAAAUGGGUAUAUAUAGAUCGAUCAUCAUGCUAAAUUAAAUUAUAAGAAAACAGCACUGUGAAUGUAUAUUUUUACGUUGGAAAGCUGCCCAUUCUUUUGCUCUUUGUCUAUAAUUUCAUUUCUAGAUUUAUAUAUAUAGUUCCUCAUAGAUCAAAUUCAUGCAUUUGUAUGAAUAUUUUUUUAUGCAAGCCGGUAGAUGUUAAUGAUGAGAAAGGGGAGAUUAAUGAUCAAACCCUACA